AUGGGUUCAUCGGAAGAGUUGGUGUGGUGGUCGGAGAUGAUGGUGGAGGUUGGUGGUGGUGACAGUAUGGUGGUUUUGCGAUGUUGUAUCUGUACAAGCGUCUCUUUCCUUGCCCUCGAACUGGAGCUUUAUGCGAUGGAGAACACUAGCAGGAACACUGAAGUGCAUUCGAAUUCUGAUGCUUGUAGCAAUACUGUGUUUGAUCACCAUAGGAUUGAUGAAAAUUUUGAUGUUGAUUUCCGAGAGCUUGGUAAAGAUUGGAUCCCUGAAUGUGCCGAGGGAUUGAAACCAUACAUUGAUCAGCGUUUUAGUGAUCUUGAUAAAGCUUUUAUUUUCUACAAGGAAUACGGUAGAUCAUCUGGAUUUGAUGUACGUCGUUCCACUGAAAGGAGUGACAAGGAUGGUAAUACUAUAGAGAAGUAUUUUGUUUGCUCAAGAUCCGGACGUCCUGACGACAAAAAUGUUGAUGGAAAACUCCAAAAGAGGAGGAGAACAGUUUCAACAAAGUGUGAAUGCCAUGCAGACCUUGUGCUUGCUUCACAUCAACUAGGUGGUUUUUAUGUGAAAAAGUUCACAGAAUCGCACAAUCACCCUUUUGCAGGAAAGGGAGGAAUGCAAUUCCUAAGGUGUAGUAGGUCUCUAACCGAGUUCCACAGAACAUUUAUCUUUGAUGCGUCCAAAUCAAACAUUGGUGCUUCACGAGCGUAUACAAUUUUUAAAUCAAUGAUCGGUUCAUAUGAAGAUGUAGGAGCUACUGUUGUUGAUUUUAAGAACUUUGCCAGGGAUAUUAAACAACACAUUGGGAAGCACGACGCUGAUAUGAUUGUCCAGAAAUUCAGGGAUAUACAAGAAUCUUCAGACUCGAGUUUUAGAUUUGAAUAUAGAACCGACUCGGGAAAUCAUCUCACUCAAUUAUUCUGGGCAGAUGGUGAAGGCAGGAAAAACUAUGAAGUAUUUGGUGAUGCUGUUUCUUUUGAUGCAACGUAUAGGACAAACAAGUAUGGCAUGGUUUUCAUUCCUCUUGUAGGAAUUGACAAUCACUGGAAGAGUGUGACUUUUGGGGCAAUUUUGCUAGAACGGGAAGACAACGAAAACUAUAUAUGGGCAUGCGAAUCUUUUAAGAAGGUGUUUGGUAAGGAUCCUAAAUGUAUUAUUACAGACCAAGAUUUAGCAAUGAAAGCUGCUCUUCAGAUUUCCUUCCCACUUGUUAAGCAUCGGCUUUGUAUGUGGCAUAUAAUGAAAAAAUUUCCUUCUAAGCUAGGAACUGUUUUCUGUGCUGAAUCAGGAUUCAUGGACAAACUUGGACGAGUAAUCUGGGCAGAUCACAUAACGCCAGAUGAAUUUGAACAAGGAUGGUUAGAUGCUGUUGAUGAAUUUGACUUGAAUGAGAAUGUUUGGCUAAAAGAAAUGUUUGACAUGAGAUCUUUGUGGAUUCCAGCAUACUUUAAUGAUGAACCAAUGGUAGGACUUAUGCGUACAACAUCGAGGUCAGAAAGUUCUAAUUUUUAUUUUGGAAAUUAUGUCCAACGAGGUGAUACACUUUCAGAGUUUUACAUAUGCUAUCAGAGUGCAAUUGAAAAACAAAGGAACAACGCUAAGAAACUGACACACUACGAUGACUUCACACCAAAAACAAUUACAGAUAGAGAGAUUGAAAAAGAUGCGAUUAGACUUUACACAAGGGAUCUGUUUUACAAGGUUCAAGAAGAGAUAAGAGCUGGUUGUAUGGAUAUUAUCCUAUUGGGCAUGACUUGUCUGGACAAUGUGAAGAAAAUAAAGAUCCAAGAACCAGGGAAGAGAACCAGGAUUUUUGAGGUUGAACUUAACAUGGAAACACAUUUUAUUGAAUGUUCGUGCAAACUGUUCACCAGGGUUGGCUAUCUAUGUUCCCAUGCCUUUUUCUGCCUUGGUAUUUGUGGAAUUAGAACAAUACCGCGACAGUAUGUCUCAAACAGAUGGUUGAAGAACGCAGUUGAGCGUUUCAGCACUCUUGAACUUGGAGAAAUAUCUGAUAGAGAUGCAACAAUAUUAUCGAGGCGUGUGCAGACACAAGAUUGUUGGUUUGAGUUCCAAGGCUGCCUAAGCGACGCAUCUGGUAAUGCUGAUGUUUUAGAGUAUAUUAAAAACGGACUUUCUAGCAUGGGGAAACACAUAACAACAACAAUGAAGAAACCAAGAACUCGAUUAAACUCAGAGCAGAUCGAAGAAUUAAUAGAUUCUCGUGUUGUCAAUGAGAUUACAAUACAGAAUCCUAACAAAAGUAACAACAAGGGCAGCAGGAAAAGAAUCAUAUCAGGAGCAGAGAAAUCAAUUGGGUGCAACAAGAGGAAAAUGAGGAAAUGUGCAACUUGCCAGGAGUAUGCUUAUCAUGAUUCAAGGACUUGUCCUGAGAAGACUUAA